AUGGUGGCGCGGCCGGCGUGUUGUCAUCGGCGGAGCGACGUCCGGAGGCGGCGGCGUAGGCCCCGGCGGGGCGUUUGGUUUCGGUUUGGCCUUGACUGCAAUUAGUCUUGACGGUCGAAAUGGGAGUCCCCAAAUUUUACCGAUGGAUCUCGGAGCGGUAUCCCUGCCUCAGCGAAGUGGUGAAAGAGCAUCAGAUUCCUGAAUUUGACAACUUGUAUCUAGAUAUGAAUGGAAUUAUACAUCAGUGUUCCCAUCCUAAUGACGAUGAUGUUCACUUUAGAAUUUCAGAGGAUAAAAUCUUUACUGAUAUUUUUCACUACCUGGAGGUGUUGUUUCGCAUUAUUAAACCUAGAAAAGUGUUCUUUAUGGCUGUUGAUGGUGUGGCUCCUCGAGCAAAAAUGAACCAGCAGCGUGGGAGACGCUUUAGGUCAGCAAAAGAAGCCGAAGAGAAAAUUAAAAAGGCACUCGAAAAGGGGGAAACUCUUCCCACAGAGGCCAGAUUUGAUUCCAACUGUAUUACACCAGGAACUGAAUUCAUGGCCAGGUUACAUGAACAUCUGAAGUAUUUUGUAAAUAUGAAAAUUUCCACAGACAAGUCAUGGCAAGGAGUUACUAUCUACUUCUCAGGCCAUGAGACUCCCGGAGAAGGAGAACAUAAAAUCAUGGAAUUUAUCAGAUCCGAGAAAGCAAAGCCAGAUCAUGAUCCAAACACCAGACAUUGUCUCUAUGGUUUAGAUGCUGACUUGAUUAUGCUUGGAUUAACAAGUCAUGAAGCACAUUUUUCUCUGUUAAGAGAAGAAGUUCGAUUUGGUGGCAAAAAAACACAAAGGGUGUGUGCACCAGAGGAAACCACGUUUCACCUCCUACACUUGUCUUUAAUGAGAGAAUAUAUUGACUAUGAAUUUUCAGCAUUAAAAAAAAAGAUCACUUUUAAAUAUGAUAUUGAAAGAAUUAUAGAUGAUUGGAUUUUGAUGGGAUUUCUUGUUGGAAAUGAUUUUAUUCCUCAUCUACCUCAUUUACAUAUUAAUCAUGAUGCACUGCCUCUUCUUUAUGGAACAUAUAUUACCAUCUUGCCAGAACUUGGGGGUUAUAUUAAUGAAAGUGGGCAUCUCAACUUACCUCGAUUUGAAAAAUACCUUGUGAAAUUAUCAGAUUUUGAUCGGGAGCACUUCAGUGAAGUUUUUGUGGACCUAAAAUGGUUUGAAAGCAAAGUUGGUAACAAGUACCUCAAUGAAGCAGCAGGUAUUGCAGCAGAAGAAGCCAAGAACUUUAAGGAAAAGAAAAAAUUAAAGGGCCAAGAAAAUUCUCUGUGCUGGGCUGCUUUAGACAAAAACGAAGCAGUAACUUGUAAGGAUCAUUUAGAAGAUGAGACUGAAGAUGAUGACCUAUUUGAAACCGAAUUUAGACAAUAUAAAAGAACAUAUUACAUGACGAAGAUGGGAGUUGAUGUAGUGUCUGAUGACUUUCUGGCUGAUCAGGCUGCAUGUUAUGUUCAGGCCAUACAAUGGAUUUUGCAUUAUUACUAUCAUGGAGUUCAGUCCUGGAGCUGGUAUUAUCCUUAUCAUUAUGCACCUUUCCUGUCUGAUAUCCGAAAUAUCAGUACACUCAAAAUCCAUUUUGAACUAGGAAAACCGUUUAAGCCAUUUGAACAGCUUCUUGCUGUGCUUCCAGCAGCUAGCAAAAAUUUGCUUCCUGCAUGCUACCAGCAUUUGAUGACCAGUGAAGACUCACCAAUUAUAGAAUAUUAUCCACCUGAUUUUAAAACAGACCUAAAUGGGAAACAACAGGAAUGGGAAGCUGUUGUAUUAAUACCUUUUAUUGAUGAGAAGCGAUUAUUAGAAGCCAUGGAAGCGUGUAACCACUCCCUCAAAAAGGAAGAGAGGAAAAGAAACCAACAUAGUGAAUGCCUAAUGUGUUGGUAUGAUAGAGAAACAGAGUUCACCUACCCAUCUCCCUGGCCAGAGAAGUUUCCUGCCAUAGAACGAUGUUCUGCAAGGUACAAAAUAAUAUCAUUAGAUGCUUGGCGUGUAGACAUAAACAAGAACAGAAUAACCAAGACUGACCAGAAGGCAUUGUAUUUCUGUGGAUUUCCUUCUCUGAAACACAUCAAACACAAAUUUUUUUUGAAGAAAAGUGGUGUCCAAGUGUUUCAGCAAAGUAGUCGUGGUGAAAACAUGAUGUUGGAAAUCUUAAUGGAUACAGAAUCAGAUGAACUUAGUAUAGAAAAUAUAGCUUCAUCAGUGCUUGGGAAGUCUGUCUUUGUUAAUUGGCCUCACCUUGAAGAAGCUAGAGUUGUGGCUAUCUCAGAUGGAGAAACUAAGUUUUAUUUGGAAGAACCUCCAGGAACACAGAAACUUUAUUUGGGACGAACUCCCCCACCAUCUAAAGUGGUCCAUCUUGGGGAUAAAGAACAAUCUACCUGGGCUAAAGAAGUACAAGGAAUUUCAGAACAAUACUUGAGAAGAAAAGGAAUAAUAAUAAAUGAAACUUCUGCAGUUGUGUAUGCUCAGUUACUCACAGGCCGUAAAUAUCAAAUAAGUCAAAAUGGUGAAGUUCGUCUGGAGAAGCAGUGGUCAAAACAAGUUCUUCCUUUUGUUUAUCAAACUAUCGUCAAGGACAUCAGAGCUUUUGACUCUCGUUUCUCCGGUAUCAAAACACUGGAUGAUUUGUUUCCUCCUGGAAGUAUGGUCUUUAUGUUGGGAACCCCCUAUUAUGGCUGCACUGGAGAAGUUCAGGAUUCCAGUGAUGUGAUUACAGAAGGUAGGAUUCGUGUGGUUUUCAGCAUUCCAUAUGAACCCAAUCUUGAUGCUUUAAUACAGAACCAGCAUAAAUAUUCUAUAAAGUACAACCCAGGAUAUGUGUUGGCCAGUCGCCUUGGAGUGAGUGGAUACCUUGUUUCAAGGUUUACAGGAAGUAUUUUUAUUGGAAGAGGAUCUAGGAGAAACCCUCAUGGAGACCAUAAAGCAAAUGUGGGUUUGAAUCUCAAAUUCAACAAAAAAAAUGAGGAAGUCCCUGGAUAUACGAAGAAGGUUGGAAGUGAAUGGAUGUAUUCAUCUGCAGCAGAACAGCUUCUUGCAGAAUACUUAGAGAGAGCUCCAGAACUAUUUAGUUAUGUAGCCAAAAGUAGCCAAGAGGAUGUGUUCUAUGAAGAUGACAUCUGGCCUGGAGAAAAUGAGAAUGGAGCUGAGAAAGUCCAAGAAAUUACUACGUGGCUAAAAGGACAUCCUGUCAGUACUUUGUCUCGUUCUUCUUGUGAUUUACAAAUUUUGGAUGCAGCUAUUGUUGAGAAAAUCGAGGAAGAAGUGGAAAAGUGCAAGCAAAGAAAGAAUAAUAAGAAGGUCCGAGUGACAGUAAAGCCUCACCUGCUGUACAGACCUUUGGAACAGCAACAUGGAGUCAUUCCUGAUCGAGAUGCAGAAUUUCGUCUCUUUGACCGUGUUGUAAAUGUGAGAGAGAACUUUUCAGUUCCAGUUGGCCUUCGGGGCACCAUCAUAGGAAUUAAAGGGGCUAAUAGAGAAGCUGAUGUACUAUUUGAAGUAUUAUUUGAUGAAGAAUUUCCUGGAGGCUUAACAAUAAGGUGCUCACCUGGGAGAGGUUAUCGACUGCCAUCAAGUGCCUUGGUGAACCUUUCUCAUGGAAAUCGCCCUGAAAUUGGAAAUCAGAAGUUGACAGCCAUUGUGAAACCACAGCCAGCUGUGAAUCACUACAGCUCAAGCUCAUUGUCAUCAUCUGGACAUUUGGGAGGCCUCAACCAUUCGCCUCAGUCACUUUUUGUUCCAACUCAAGUACCUGUUAAAGAUGAUGAUGAGUUUUGCAACAUUUGGCAGUCCUUACAAGCAUCUGGAAAGCUACAGCACUUUCAGCCACCUGCACAAGAAAAGGGUGCAGUUCUACCUCAAGAGAUUAACCAAGUAACUCAACAACAUAAAUCUGGCCUAAGUGACAACAGCAUUAAAUAUCAGCAAAGAAAAGACCCUCACAGAAAAUUUAAAGAAUGUAAGAGUCCAAAAGUUGAGUGUCAGUCACAAAAAAUGUUGAAUAAGCAGACUUCUGGAGGGCCUGCCAAAUGUAAUAUUAAGCUAUUGAAGAGAAAUCAAAGUCCAGAAGUCUCAGAAACCCAAAAGGUUGUGGCUGAGUGUCCAAAUACUAUUGAUAAGCCUAACCCGGGAAUUGAGAACGCUUUAGCAUCCUUGAAUAUCUCCAAAGAAAGUGAAGAAACAUCAUGUCACGCCGGGGAGCCCCCAGAUGAAGUGCAUUUGUCACCACAGUCGUUUGCUAUGAAGGGAACGAAGAUGCUUAAAGAAAUACUAAAAAUUGAUGGGUCUGACACUGUGGACUCUAAAAGUGAGAUGAAGAAGUCUGGUAGUGAAGUCACUGUUUCCUCUAAUAGAAAUGAUGCCUAUGGAUUGUCGUCACAGGCCAAACAGAACCAGAAAUUACCAUCUUAUAUGCAGAAGCCUCACAGUGCGAGUGAGUACCAUCAGGUUCAGUCCUUGGACAGUGUGUGCUGGCCUGCUCCCAGCCAGGUUCCUCCCGUGCCUACGCCAGUAAGUGAACUGUGUCGAAUCUGCUCACUUGUUGGAAUGCCGCAGCCAGACUUCUCCUUCCUUCGAACACCGCAGACAAUGACAGUUUGCCAGGUGAAGUUAUCUAAUGGCCUCCUGGUACAUGGGCCUCCAUGCCACUCUGAGAAUGAAGCCAAGGAGAAAGCUGCAUUUUUUGCUUUACAGCAGUUGGGCCCCUUAGUGAAUUUCCCUAUGUCUCCACCAAUAUUCCCAAAUUAUCCACCUGCUGUAACACCAGGAACUAUUCCAGUUUUUCCCCAACCUGCUGGCUGGGAUCACUAUGGAGGCAACUUAGCAUUGGGGGCAGCUAAUCUAGUGCCCCCAUCUCAUCUCUUCGGCUCGAUGCCAUGGGGCCCACCAGUGCCGGUUCCUGGGAAGCCCUUCCAUCACCCGUCAUAUUCCGGGCCCAUGCCUGUGGCUGGCGGCAUGCCAGGCGGUGUGCACAAUCAGUUCGUACCUCUGCAGGUUACCAAAAAAAGGAUUGCAAACAAAAAGAAUUUUGAAAAAAAGGAGGCCCCGAGUACUUCUCAAGCCACCUCACUUCAAACCAGCCAGCCAGGACCUCCUCAUGGCCCCAAAGCGAGUGUGCAGGAGAGCUCGCCGGCCUCCGUGAAGCCCUCUGAGAUCACUCAGCCUGCAUCUGCCCAGGCUGAAGCUGCCCCUCAGGGCCGUGGCGUGUCUCAAAAAUCAACACCCAGCUCUUCAAGGAGAAAAUCAAGAAAACUGGCAGUCAAUUUUGGUAUUUCUAAGCCUUCUGAAUAAAUUUGGUACAUGUAAUUCAAUUAAUUAUUUUCCAUGAACUUUUUAUAAGUCUAUAUCCAUAUCUCAUACAAAGUUGGAAUAUACUAUUUUUUAAAAAUAUGUGCAAAUUGAGAAGUUUUACUUUUUAGGUUGUCAGGCACUUUUCAUGCUACUUAAAGACUAAAUAUCAGUUUGUGCACUUUAAAAAUGUGCAGUGUGUUAUGCAUCAGUUAUGCCUCAAUGAAGCUGUAAAAAAGAAAAAAAAAAAAACUAAAUAAAACCUUGAGCUAAGGUAGUGUGAGUGGAAUAAGCACUCUAACCACUGAACUCCUCCCCGGAAGCCUCCUGAGCUAGCAAUUAGAUAUCCUUUUAGCAAUCAGAGUAAAACAUUUUUUUUUUACACUAGCAUUGGGGUAUAAUUAGAUGGAGCAUGACAGUUGGGCCUCGAGUAUGAUUUACAAAAUGGAGGGAUUUUUUUCUCUUUUUAAUAAUGUAACAAAGUUACCAAGAGGAUGGCUCUUAUGUAUGUGUAUUUAGUUUAUGUUUUCUUGUCUCUGAGGGUUCUGUGAAAUGAUCCACUCAUUGUGGUGCUGCCAGUUUUGCUUUAUUCGAAAUUUUGUACCAAAGCAACUUUAAAUUACUGAUCAAGAUAUUUCCUCUAAUUGCUUAUAAAUAUAAAUAGCAAUCUAGAGUUAGUACUUUCAAAAUUUUUUUAGAUUGUUCCAGAACCAGCAGUAGCAAUGUCUAAUAAAGCUAAGUUUCAAAAUCUACAGGGUACAGUUAUUAUAGAUUUAUCCUCUGCAGAAUAAAUAACAUAAUAUGAAUCACAUUGUUACUAUUUUGUAUACUUGUGAUCUGCUUCCCUGACAUACAUAAGAGCUCCGAGUGUGUGGUGCUCCUUGGGGGGGGUGCAAUGCAUUGUGUUGUAAUUCUGAGGUGUCUGUGAUGUAGGCACAAUCAUCAGUGUGUGAUGUACAUGAUUUCCUGCCUGUCUCACUGAAGUUCUGUAUGUUCAGCUUUACACUGAACUGCUCAGUGACGCUGGCCUUUGUCUUUGCAUGUCAUGUGUCAGUGUUUGUUGGUUGUGUUGUAACUAUUGAAAUUAUUUUAGGAAAUGUCUCAAUGAUACCAGGACCUGGGUUUUUAUAAAUAUAUAGAUAUAUAGGUAUAAUAUAUUUAUCCUUUAGUUUUUGUGAUAUGCUUAUAUUUCUAAAGAAGUAAGUUAUACUUUUUUAAAGGUAGGAACCACAAUCUUUGCAGCUGCCCUUGAUUGUAUCUGAUUUCAUUUAGUACAAGGUAAGCUCUGCCGUGAGCCCAGUUGGUUUGGUUUGUUUGUAAAUGCUAGUGUUGAACUAAAUGGUUUCCUUUCUCUAACUGCUGGUUCCAGAAUUUCUCUUGAUAUGAGGAAGAUACUUGUAUUUUAGUAGUGCCUUUUUAUUAGUAUAAGUGAAAAAUGCUGUUGAUCUCUCACUUAUAGUCAUGUGGGUUUCUAUGGUUUAAUUUUCUAUUAAUUUCCUAGGUUCAGAUAUUCAUCAGUUCCCAGCACUUCCUUGUUUGUUUAUCUAUAGUGGGAUCUUGAAUAAUGAGCUCAAGUAAUUCUCGGUGUUUAUUGUCUCACAAAUUCUGUGCGUUAAUGGGAAACAUCUAUUAUGGAAAUAUAAGGAAAAAGUUCAGUUGUGACAGUAAUGUUAUGUUAGCCUCCUGCUAGUAGAAAGCUAGCAGUUUUCACCUAACUGUGCAAACUCCAGCAUUCGAA